UAUAGUCUGUGACUGUAUUAUGGUAUACACUAUACAUUUCCAUUUGUAUUCUAUAGUCAGUAAUACGUUAGCGUAAGUAGGGAGUAGACGUUUUAUUUCUUAAAAAUAAACCAAUAUCUGGUAUCUAGUGUGCUGUUACGUACUUAUUCUCGUGUUUGCAGUGUGCUAGUGAUUUAUUUGCUGUAAAUUGUGGAUUUUAUUUUCAUUUAGAGAUAUCAUCAGGAUGGUUCAGCAGCGAUGACGCCAGGCAAGAAGAUGGAGUCGAAGGGCACCCAGAUCCACCUCCCGCUGAUCAGCCGAGGGAGCAGAGGCGAGAUCAACGACAAGGUCACUUUCUCGCAAGUCAAGUCUCCGGAACAACUGAACAAUGGUCAGGUUUUAGGAGGCUCCCAAGUGAAUCUAUGCAACGGCGGGGCUGGUACCAUGGCGCUUGUCCCCAAAAUCCCCAACGGGUCAGCAUGCCAGAAGAAACCCAUGGCCACCCUCACACACUUACCCAAAAGACCUCCAGUUGACAUAGAGUUCUCUGAACUAUCCUACUCUGUCAGCGAAGGCAGGAAGAGAGGGUAUAAAACCCUUUUGAAGUGCAUCAAUGGAACCUUCAGGUCCAGUGAGCUGACGGCUAUCAUGGGUCCGUCUGGCGCCGGGAAAAGUACCCUGAUGAAUAUAUUGGCGGGAUAUAAAACAUCAAACGUAAGCGGUUCAAUCCUGAUCAACGGCAAGGAGAGAAACUUGCGUCGCUUCAGAAAGCUAUCCUGCUACAUCAUGCAAGACGACUGCCUCCUCCCGCACCUCACCGUUAGAGAAGCCAUGACCGUAUCCGCGAACCUAAAACUCGGCAAAGACAUGACCGUAACCGCCAAGAAGAUUGUCAUUGACGAAAUAUUAGAAAUGCUUAGCUUGGGAGACGCUAGCGAUACCAGAACGAUCAAUCUGUCUGGUGGUCAGAAGAAACGGCUGUCUAUAGCUUUGGAGCUAGUAAAUAACCCGCCAGUGAUGUUCUUUGACGAGCCUACGUCUGGGUUGGAUAGUUCUGCUUGUUUCCAAUGUAUUUCCUUGCUGAAAUCUCUGGCUAGAGGUGGUAGGACGAUUAUUUGCACGAUUCACCAGCCGUCUGCCAGACUGUUUGAAACUUUCGACUUCUUGUAUACAUUGGCAGAGGGACAGUGUAUAUACCAAGGGCCUGUGAGGGAGUUGGUUCCCUUCUUGUCGACUAUGGGCCUGCAUUGUCCUAGUUACCACAAUCCUGCUGAUUACGUAAUGGAAGUAGCCACAGGCGAGCACGGUGAGUGGGUCCACAAGCUCGUGGUAGCUGUGAACAAAGGUCACGCGGAAAGAGGACAAACUACUGCAUCAUCAUCUGCUCCCAAUUGCUUGUAUAAUAACCUGGCCAAGAAUAAUAUACAGAAGGAGGCUCUGGAGAUUGUUAUUGACAAACCCACCUGCACAGUGAUAGACCUCUCCGAACCCACCACCACAGAGAAACCCCCAAUCCCAAACACGAACAACCUCGCGCCCGUAACUUGCACCACAUCUCUUCUCGACUCCAACGAGAGUUUCAACAAAAAACCGCAAAAAACCGGUUUCCCCACCUCUGGUUGGAAGCAAUUCUGGAUCUUAUUGAAACGGACGUUCAAGAGCAUUUUACGAGACCCAAUGUUGACGCAUUUAAGGCUAUUUUCGCAUACCGUUGUGGGGUUGCUGAUUGGAAUAUUGUACUAUGAUAUAGGCACGGACGCAGCUAAAGUUAUGAGCAAUGCUGGGUGCAUUUUCUUCACUGUUAUGUUCACUAUGUUUACAGCUAUGAUGCCUACUAUUCUUACAUUCCCAACGGAGAUGAGCGUGUUUGUGAGAGAGCACUUGAACUACUGGUAUUCGCUGAAAGCCUUCUAUUUUGCUAAGACUAUAGCGGACUUGCCUUUCCAGAUCGUAUUCAGCGGUGUGUACGUGAUCAUUGUGUACUUCUUGACAAGCCAGCCGAUGCAAGUGGACCGAGUGUUAAUGUUCACAACCGUCAACAUCCUCACAGCACUUGUCGCCCAAUCCCUUGGCUUGCUAAUCGGGGCCGCCAUGAAAAUAGAAACUGGAGUCUAUUUAGGACCAGUUACUACCAUCCCUGUGGUCCUAUUUUCUGGAUUCUUCGUCAAUUUCAACGCUAUCCCCGAGUAUUUGCAUUGGCUGACCUAUUUAAGUUAUAUUAGGUACGGUUUUGAAGGGGCCAUGUUGUCAGUAUAUGGGUAUGGAAGGGAAAAACUGAAUUGUUCAGUCGCAUAUUGCCACUUCAGGACGCCCAGCCUCUUCCUCAAGGAGAUGAGCAUGGACCACGCGAAUUUCUGGAUAGAUGUCGGCGCGUUAAGCGCAUUCUUUGUAUUUAUUAGAGUAAUCUCCUAUUUAGUCCUAAGGUUCAAGUUGAAAAUGAUGCAGUAGAGCACAAAUCGCUUCAUAAUUUCACUGAUUAAGUGAUAAUGACGAUGAUUCUAUGAAAUUAUUUCCAUUUCGAAGUUCGAGUUCUAGCAACACUGCCGUGUCAGUUGCCGCGUAAAAGUGACAGCUGACGUUUGGCCGCGCCGUGUCGUGUCGUGUCGUGCCGUGUCGUGACGUAUCGUGACGUGUAAUGACGUAACGUUUUGACAGCUGUCAGUUUUGCUUUUCUAAACGCGCCGGCGCAAAUAGUGGUCAACGUAGGUUAUAUAGUUUUCGAAAUAAUUAGCUUUAUAGUAUGCAGUUCGACUUAGUCGAUAAUUGUUUAUACGUAUGAUUAGGUUAAGGUUUUAUAUAUUAGUUGAUCGGGCCCAUGACUUAAUUUUAAGUUACUUAAUGAUAUUAUUUUUCAUGUAAUCAUUAAAUCUGUAGCGACACGUACGCUUGUAUUAUUGUCUGUCAUUGUUCGGGGUCUGUCAAAGUUAUGAUAUUUUAAUUGAAGAAUGUUAUAUUAAUUGAUUAUAUAUUUUUAUAUUGUUUGGUGCCCCGGUCAUGUUACGAUAUCCUAUACGAUGAUCUCAAAUGUUCAGCUUUAGCUACAUUUGCGUUUUAAUACGUUAAAACUUUAAUUUUUACAUCACAUUUAUAAUUCGAUACUGUGAUUAUGAUUUUCAACUUUUUGUUAUUUUUUACCAUUAUUAUUAUUUGUGCUGUGAUUCAUCAAAAAGUUGAAUAUUAUGAUUUUUUUUAAUAAAUUGGUUAUCACUUAUCACAAUAAUAUUAUGUUAUAAUUAAAAGUAAUCGUUCCAGUGAUUUUUAUAUAAUAAUUCCAAGCACAUUAUAAUUGGCAAUAGGCUGGUUGCAGAGCAUGACCGACCGUCAGUGCGUACCGUCGGUCCUGACGAUACGCAUCAACAAUGUGUAUGACUAUGACACUAAUGCGCAUGACAAUACGCGUGCGUAUGGUCGGUCUAGCUAUGAAAGGUUUUAUGAAUUUCCAUACAUAUGACAAGCGCGACUGACGUACGCACUGAUGGUCGGUCAAGCUCUGCAACCAGCCUUAUAAUUAAAAUGCUGAUCGAAAAUUGCAAUUCGUAAUGUAUAAGAUUUUCUAAUAUAAGAAUAUUAAUUAAGAACAAUAUAAAAUAUGCAGUGAUCAAUAUAAUUAACAUUUAUUUAGUUUAAUUUUAUCGGCCUGAAUGGCCUAAGCAACACAUUUUAAAUACCUAGGUAUAGACUUAAAAAAAUAUUAUAGUUUGUAUCCAUUCAUAUGAAAAACUUGAAGAUGGUAAUGUUUGAAUUGCAUUUAUGCCUUUUAUUGUAAUUUAUAUCAAACAAAAGAGCAUGUAAAGAUGUGAUUUUAUAUAUUUGUAUUAUUUUAUGAAAAAGUAUUAUUUUACUGUUGACAUUAUUAUUUCAGUACAAAAACAGUAUUUAGGAAAAAUAAAUUUUCACUGUACCUUAUUUGUGCUAAAACUAAAAACAAACAACUGUUGUAAAAACAAAAAAAAGAAUUUUUUCCUUCGUGUUAAUAUGGCAGCUUAGUUUCAUAAAACAAGCUAUAAAUUAUAACAACAAUUGAACUGUACAAGAUUUACUGCUAUUUAUUACAUUAUUAUUUUAUCAAAAAACGUAAACCAAUCUCUAAACGAAAUACACAUUUAUAAAUAUUGUACUAUUAUGUGAAUGAAUUCUCUACUAAUUAUGUAGAAUUUUGUAUUUUUAUUACUUUAUAUUAGUUAAUUAUUUUAUCCGAAAUAUAUUAUUUUACGUGUGAUAAUCAUGACUGUGUUUUAAAAAUUGUAUUUAUUUUUUAUAAGCGCUCCUAGCGGAUGAAUUGAGAACUACUAAUAAAACCCGGUAGGGGCGUUUCCAUUGUAUUUUAAAAAUGUAUUUUAUUGAUAAAGGGAAUUUAUUUUAAUUUAAUAACUUUAACAUAGAUUUAAAACAAUUUUUACCCGUAGCAACUAGACUUUUUUUCGAAACAUAGUCACUGGUACUAUUUUCGAAAAUACUUUGGGUUAUUUUCGUUUUAAAUCUAUUUUAAAUAUUUUAAAAACGUAAUUUUGACAGACGAGGGCACGCAAAGCUGGGCGUACAUAUCUUAUUCACUUCAUUAUAGUUGUAAUAGGUAAAUUGAUAAAUUCAUUGCGCUGUCUUUGGUAAUUCUCUUUAACGGUCUUCAUUACCAGUAUUUAUGAAUUAAUAAUAAACGACUGUGAUUUUUAUAGACAA